UCUCUCUCCCCCCUUCCAAUUAUUUGGCCGCCUGUGAAUGCUUGUUUAUGUGAGGUUCUUUCGUUUCCAGGUUAAUUCAGUCUCUUCUUCAUCGACUAUUAAAGAUCAGGAAGAGGCUUAGGACAACUUGCUGCAAUUUGAAACCAUACACCUAUAUUCUUUCCUCCCGAAGACCCUUGUACGAAGAAUGUUUGACCGCCUUUUAUGAAUGCAGUGUUGUUCUGGGGAUGAGAAGUUUUGAGGAACUCUGUGCUUAAUGGACUGCUCACCCAACAGCAGUGACAAGAAAACGUUGAAGAGGUGGUUUUUCAUUGACAAAAGGGUCGGCUAAAACAACACUUGGCAACGAAACUGGAUCCGAUGGAGUUGAAGACAAAUCAUGCUGCUUCGGUCCUCACUGACCCUCCACCGAUAAGUAAGUCAAGACUAGGCCUCCAUUCUAGUUUGUUGCCAUACUCACAGCAAGGAGCAUCAUUCUCCUCUGGCAAGUACAUUAACAUCCCAAGGAAAAAGCCAGGAAAGCUCGAUGAUGUUCGGUCCAAUGGUUGGCUUGAUGCCAUGAAAUCCUCUUCACCUCCCCGGAAGAAGCUCAUUAAGGAUUUCAAUUUUGAGGUUGCUUCAGAUGAUGUUGAUAAUGCUUACUGCUCUUGGAUGCUUAAGCAUCCAUCAGCACUGAAUUCGUUCGAGCGGAUUACAAAUUUUGCAAGGAACAAGAAGAUAGCAAUAUUUCUAGAUUAUGAUGGGACUCUUUCCCCGAUAGUUGAUGACCCUGACCGUGCAAUAAUGUCUAAUGCUAUGCGUUCUGCUGUAAGAAACGUUGCGAAGCAUUUUCCAACUGCUAUUAUUAGUGGAAGAAGCCGCGAUAAGGUAUAUGAUUUGGUAGGACUAACAGAACUUUACUAUGCUGGUAGUCAUGGAAUGGACAUAAUGGGUCCUGUCACUAAUACAGACUCCAAUGACCAUCCAAACUGUGUGAAAUCUACUGACCAACAGGGUAAGGAGGUAAACCUCUUCCAGCCUGCUAGGGAGUUUAUACCUAUGAUCGACGAGGUUUUUAGAACCCUCGUCGAGAAUACUAAAGGGAUCAAAGGUGCAAAAGUUGAAAAUCACAAGUUUUGCGCCUCUGUACAUUACCGUAAUGUAGAUGAGAAAAAUUGGUCUACAAUUGCACAAAGUGUUCAUGAUAUUCUCAAAGACUACCCUCGUUUACGAUUAACUCAUGGGCGGAAGGUUUUAGAGGUCCGCCCUGUUAUUGACUGGAACAAGGGAAAAGCAGUUGAAUUUCUGCUUGAAUCUCUUGGGCUAAAUGGUAGGGAUGAUGUGCUCCCAAUUUAUAUUGGUGAUGAUAGGACCGAUGAAGAUGCAUUCAAGUUCUUGAAGAAGAAUAAGAAGCGUGGUUAUGGAAUUCUGGUGUCGCCGGUUCCAAAAGAAACCAGUGCCUUCUACUCUCUCAAGGACCCAUCAGAGGUCAUGGAAUUUCUCAAGUCCUUGGUGAGAUGGAAGGAGGAGGAGGAAGAAGCCAAUUAAAUGCUAAGGGAGCACUUAGUUGAUCUGAAAUAUAGUAUAAUAGGCAUUUAGUUUUUUUUUUUUUUUAAUUUUGUACUCCACAAGAACUCAAGGCUGCUAAAAGCAGCUGCUGUUAUGUUACAACCUCAGUUGUCAGUUCAGAGCUUCUCAGUUAUUUUGUUAUUUCAUGUCUUUGGCUUAUAAAAAAAUAAGUAUUUUCUCCCCA